AUGGCUUCUUCAGUCGCUGCGCUUGUUGCCCUGGCCGGUCUGGUCACUGGUGCCACCAUCACCACUACAGAGCCCUCCUUGUCUGAUAUUCGACAAGCUCAGGCGACGACCGUCCCUCUGACCUGGACCUCCAAUAUCACUGGCAAGGCCUACGACCGCUUCUACCAGAUCUGGUUGGAGAACGUGGACUAUGACAACGCUGCCAACGAUACCAACCAGCAGUGGCUGGCCAGCAAGGGCAUCACCUUGACCAAUUACUACGGUACCGGUCAUCCUUCUCAGCCCAACUAUGUUGCUGCUGCCAGUGGAGAUAACUAUGGCAUGGAUAAUGAUGAUUUCCAUGACAUCCCUGCCAAUGUCUCUACCAUCGCCGACCUUCUGAGCACUAAAGGCAUCUCGUGGGGCGAGUACCAGGAGCAUAUGCCCUUCCCCGGCUUCCAGGGAUACAACUUCUCCAACCAGGUGACAUAUGCCAACGAUUACAUGCGUAAGCACAACCCCCUGGUCUCCUUCGACUCGAUCAGCAGCAACGACACUGCUCUGCGCCUAAUCAAAAACUUCACGACCUUCUACGACGACCUCGAUAACCACGUCCUCCCGCAAUGGGCCUUCAUCACUCCUAACAUGACCAACGACGCCCAUGAUACCAACAUCACCUUCGGCUCCCAGUGGCUCCGGGGCUUUGUCUCCGAGUUGAUGAACAACACCUAUUUCUGGGACAACACCCUCCUGCUCCUGACCUUUGACGAAACCGAGACCUACGGCGUCCCCUCCAGCGAGGAGUACGCCGAGCGCAACCGCGUCUUCAGCGUUCUUCUCGGCGGCGCUGUCCCCGAGCACCUGGUGGGUACCGAGGACGACACCGUCUACACCCACUACUCGACCAUCGCCACCGCCUCGGCGAACUGGGGGCUCCCCUCGCUCGGCCGCUGGGAUUGCGGCGCCAACAUCAUCCAGUUCGUGGCCGACAAGGUCGGCUACACCAACUGGGAUGUCGACAACACCCACCUCUUCCUGAACGUCUCCCUGCCCGGCCCCCUCUCCGAGGCCGACUACUCCCAGUACCGGCCCACCUGGCCCAUCCCCGCCACCAACGCCUCCUGCUCGGCGGGCUACGGGGUUCUUCCGGCCGUCGUGGACGCGUACCAGGGUCAGGAGCCCACCUACAACUACACCUCGCCGUUCCCCUAUGAUGCGCCGUACGGAUUGAAUGUGGGGACGUCGUACUCGCGGAACGGAACGACUUAUGUCUCGGGCGUGAAUGCGACCGGGGUAAUCGGCGAUGACUCCGUUUCGAACUCCACCUCCUCUUCUGCUUCUGCUUCUUCUUCGGGGGCUUUUACGGGUGCGGCUGUCCCGGAGAUGAGAGCUUCGGGGGCGGCCUCGGUCGCUGUGGCUGGCUUGGUGGCGCUUUUCGGCUUGAUGUAA